AAAAUGUCUUCCUCUUCCAAGGUCUCCCUGAUAUUGUUUCUUUAUGUAUUUAUGAGUGUUCUGAUCUCCGCCUUGGCUGGCAAUUUCUACCGUGACUUUGACAUUUUGUUUGGUGAUCGCCGCGCGGUGAUACGCAAUGGUGGCCAAUUUCUCACGCUUUCACUUGACAAGGCUUCUGGGUCUGGUAUUCGCUCCAAAAAGGAGUACCUUUUUGGAAGAAUCGACAUGCAAAUUAAGCUUGUGAAUGGAAACUCAGCUGGCACUGUCACAACAUAUUAUCUUUCUUCUCAAGGACCAACCCAUGAUGAGGUUGACUUCGAGUUCUUGGGGAACUUGGCUGGAAAACCGUACAUACUCAGUACAAACGUCUAUUCUCAAGGAAAAGGGAAUAGGGAGCAACAAUUCCAUCUAUGGUUUGAUCCCACGAAGAACUUCCACACCUAUUCAAUCAUAUGGAGCCCCCGAAAGAUAAUAUUAAUGGUGGAUAACAUACCUAUUAGAGUGUUCAACAACUUGGAAUCCAUUGGCGUUCCAUUUCCCAAAAGCCAACCCAUGAGGAUUUACUCAACCAUUUGGAAUGCUGAUGAUUGGGCUACAAGAGGACCAGGAGGAGAGCCUAUUAAGACUGAUUGGUCAAAAGCUCCUUUCACAGCAUUUUAUAGAAACUUCAAUGUUGAUGCCUGUAUUGCGUCAUCUAGUGUUUGCCACCACAAGUUCACCAAUUAUCCCUUGGACCCCAAGGCAUGGAACAAACUUCGAUGGGUGCAAAAGAAUUUCAUGAUUUACAACUAUUGCACAGAUUUAAAGCGGUUCUCUCAAGGUCUACCGCCUGAAUGCAAGCAAUCAAGGUUCCUAUAG